AUCGACACCACCAUCGUCACCACCACCGCCAUCGUCGUCGCUGCUACUGCCGCCGCCCCAAUCGCCCCACGCGUCGUCAUCACAUUACCGAAUGUCUCAUUUGAUAUGUCGGGAUUAUCAUCGCGUUGACUCGCGCACAUUUUGUUGUCCGCGCUCUCGUGAUCAGUAGACGUGUCGGGAAUCGUGUCGUGUGAAUAUUUGCACAAAGUGAAUACCGCAUCUUGAGAGAGACAAAGAGGAAGAAAGAAAAAAAGGGUCUGUGACGGGCCUUUCGCAGAUUUACUGACGGGUGCAGUACGACAACGACCGCGACGCAGCGGAUUAAGGGCCCGCCAAUCGCCACGCCGCGGAAACCAAUUUAUUCUACAUAGACGAUAUCUAGUGACUAUUUUUAAAAAAAAAUGAACUUCUGGAUCUGUUUUCUUCGUUUUUCCUGUGUUUGGGAAGGACACUGACGAUAUGGAUACAAGAUGGCUUCAAUAUGCUGGCAUAUUUCUGGAAAUAGUUUUCUUUUACCAGUCUUCUUGUUACUAUUGCUACUCUGUCCACACAAUUCUAUAGCUCGCGAUGCAAUUGAUGUAUCACAAGGCUAUCCAUCACUGUCACCACUACCGGGAGGGCUCACUGCCAGAACACCAAAGUGUGAUCAAAAAUUUGUGAGCACUCCAGAUGGACCGUUAAACGGAACCUUUCACGCCCCAACGUUGAUCAAUCCUGAAGGAGAUCCACGACAGUGCGUUUAUACAUUCCUUGCGGGGCCGCGUCAACGUGUUGAACUGAUAUUCACUUCAUUCGGCCUUAGAGGAAAACCGCCCGAUGGAUCUGCUGUGGGGGAAUUACCUGCCUGUAUUCAUGAAUAUAUGGAUAUAUACUCGGAGAUACGAUCGGAAAAUACUACUAAGUUAAUAGAGACACCGUUUGGUGGUCGAUUCUGUGGGCCAAUUCCACCACGCAGACGAGUCUCUCUUUAUCAAGGAAUUGCUCUCAGUUUUUUUACUGAUAAGAAUGUCACACUACCAAACAUUUUCAGCGGUAUUUACAGAUUUCUCAAUGCCUCCGAAUAUGAGGUUGGUACACCAGAACCAAGCACACCAUGCACAUUCAUAAUACAUGCGGAAACCAAACGUACCGGAAAUAUAUUGUCUCCCACUUACCCCGGCACUUAUCCAAAAGAUCUUAUUUGUAGUUAUCAAUUUGUCGGGCAGCGUGGACAACGCGUGCGGUUGGAGUUUCGUGACUUUGAUUUGUUCUUUGGGGGUCCACAUUGCCCAUUGGAUUAUGUGAAAGUUUAUGACGGUUCCGAUAAUUCGAGCGCCGUUAUCGGCACAUAUUGUGGCCAGCAACGAAAUUUAGUGUUAUACUCUUCGGAGAACAGCUUAUUUGUGCUAUUUUCUACGUUAAAGCGUACGGCAAAUACGCAAAAUCGAGGAUUUAAAGGUAUCUUUGAAUUCUCAGAGAGUUUCGUUAGCCUGGAUUUCAUAACGGAAUAUCAUGGCGAGCAUAUUCGUGGGUCUGAGUGCGAUCAGAAGAUUCUCAGCAAGAAGGAAACAUCGGGAUUUGUUGUUAGUCCAAAUUUUCCUUAUCCUUAUAUACCUAAAGUCGUUUGCCGUUAUUUUAUCUAUGGCAUGCAGGACUCGCAACAUUUGGAACGCGUACGACUGGAAUUUCUAAAAUUUACUAUACAGAUGCCCAAGGGAGACGCGACGUGUACCGAUGGUUAUCUAAAAUUAUAUUUAAAAGGUCAAGAAGCAACAGACUCUUAUGAUAAAUUUGAUUAUGAGAUGUGUGGUAACAAGAGCAAUCCGAGUCUUGUAGUCAGCGAUGGGCCGAGGCUUGUGAUGGUUUUCAGUAGCGGGGAAUUGCAAGCACAAGGUUUUAAAGCUAAGUACAUUUUUGAAACGGAAUACAAAAUACCGGGCACUGCGGCACCCGAUGGCAGCUGUACUUUUACUUAUCGUAGUUCCUCACGUAAACGUGGUGAAUUUAAUUCACCACGAUAUCCUAGUAAUUAUCCAAGCGAUACGAAUUGCACAUAUUUUUUCUUGGCAACGCCAAACGAGCAGGUUGCUCUGAUUUUCGAUCAUUUUAAGGUUCGCACAAGAAACAAUAAUGUAACAGCUGGACGUUAUGGAUACGAACUCUGCCAGGAUGACUGGCUGGAAAUUUACAACAUGUAUCGAGAUGAUACGGAGAAGUUGAUAGGAAGAUACUGCGGCGCGACUGCGCCAGGCCCGGUGGAAUCGAAUCUUGGAGCUCUUGGCUUGAAAGUUAUCUUACAUUCUGAUUCUGAGCUUGUUUACAGUGGCUUUAAGGCACGUUACACUUUUGAGAUCGCUAAACCUAUUUUUGGAGAUUGUGGAUCAAAUAUUAGUAGUCUUAAUUAUGGUAUAAUAACCAGUCCGAAUUUCCCGAACAAAUAUGAUGGUCCAGCAAAAAACUUAACUAGCAAAACUUGCAAUUGGUUCAUAAGGGUUCGGCCAAAUCAGCAGAUACUCUUGAACUUCGAGCUUUUCUCCGUGGAAGGUGACCCAAUAGAACGUGGUUGUCCUGCAGCUGUGUUACGCAUGUGGGAUUCGUUAACGUCCGCCCCACGUGAGUUUUGUGGUGUUAAAGAUCCCGAUGCUAAGUGGAGUUUUCUGUCGGAGGAUAAUAAUAUGCGACUCAGUUUUAUAUCAGCGGAUAAAGCCGUAGGGCAUCUUGGCUUUCGAGCAGUGUGGACCGAAGUGGGCACGAACGAAGAUUGCGAAAAUCAAUUUUUAUGCAGCAAAAGUAAAUAUUGCAUUGAUGAAUCGCUACGUUGCAAUAACAUUGAUAAUUGCGGGCCAGACGAUUCGUCGGACGAGGAGAACUGUUUCCUGAAUAAAGGAUGACCUUUUGUCGAAUACAGGGCUUGGUUUGUACUCCGUGCUUCGUUUAAACGCGCUUCACACUCCUCCGUAAUUUUUAUCCUUAGUGCCUCAGGAGCUGGCAGUGAGUCUCUCGACUCAAUGGCGCAUCUGAAGUUCUCGAAUUUUUCAGGUAAGCUAUAUAACAACAUUAUUGAUGACAGAUCGUUAUCUAUUUUUACCUCCAUUUCUUCUAGCUUAUCGACGGCAUCAAAGAAUUUACCUAAAUGGUCCUUCACAUCUCCUCCGUCGCUCAUGCGUUGAAGCAGUAGCUGCUUGAAGAAGGUGACUUUCCUUGCUGGCCCCUUGGAUUGAUAAAUUCUCUCGAGCUUGAGCCAUAUCUCUCUUAAAGUGUCACAUUCUAUAAUUUGUUUCAAUUCAGAUGGGCUGUUGUCCAAACAACGAUUGCGGCAGCAUUAUUUCCAGCGGGUUCGGGUUUCACAAUGUCGCCGUUUACAUAACCCCAUGCGUCGUUUUUAAUUAAGAGUACCUGCAUCUAAAGCUUCCAUGUAUCAUAAUUAUUGCAGUUUAAAGUUUCGAUUCUAACGACGUUCGAGUUCAUCUUGCCCUUGCCGUGCUUUGAUUUCACUUAACCUCAAUGUUCAGCGCCCGGCGCCUUUUUGCUCGCGCUUCCCACGCUUUACGCACAAAAAAGAAAGAAAAAUGUCUAUACUCACAUGUUCGCUUUUCCGGCACGCGGCCUAGGCCCAUAACCUGUUGGGGCAGGUAGUGAAUCGUGAAGCGAAUUGAGUUAACAACACGUGUAUUUCAGUAUAGCGAUUAUGCGAUGUGAGCGGAUACAGAGAAGUGAAGUGUAUCGGCGGGAAACUGGUAGAGACCAUAGAGUGUGAAGAUGCGGGACUCGAUAUAGAUCCGGAAGUGUCCGCGCGCUGUAUCGCGUGCGCCCUGGAACUACGCGCUGUCGUGCAGUACGUUUGUUGUUACUGCCUCAACAAUAACUGAGGGAGAAUAAGUUUUUCUAAUAUCUGCUUUGUAUUCAGAGACUCUCGUUUUUAACUGACGUUUUGUCUGUCCCACAUAAGAAGACUCGCAAUCUCUACAAUUGAUUUUAUAAACUACGUCAUUACACGAUAUGAUCUUUUCCCGUGGUUAUAAACUUAUUAAGCUUAUAUGGGAUUGUGAAGACUACAUUGCAGUCAUACUUACUAGGAAAGGACAAAAAUUUCUUGGAUACCGAAUUGACGUAAGGAAUCGUGAAAUACCUUGUCGCAUUCUUAUUUGCUUCCUCAGUGUCAUUUUUAUGGAAAAGAUAUUUUAGCCUAAGUUGGAUCAUGGUAAAUAUGAAAUUUAAUGGGUAAUUGUUGUCAAGUAAAAUGUUAACCAAAAGGGUAAAAUUCUUUUGUUGAAACUUUGGGUGUGAUAAUAAAAUAACUCUAUCAACCAUACCAAAAAUAAUGCCCUUUUUAUGACAUAACGGGUGGUACAAAAA